GUGGCAAGUUUGUUUAAACCAAAUGUUAGCUGAAGUUGUCUGACAAGCUAGCCCAGCACACCUAGCAAGCGAAGCGAGUUAGCAGGUCACGAGCGUAACAUUGAUUGCACGAUAGCUAUGAGGAUUGUAGCUGAAGUUGUGUAGUUGCCUAGCUUGCUUGAUACCUCUGGUUAUCACAUAGCUAGAUAAUAUACACACCUAUCGCUUAAUAAGUAUACUUGAGUACAAUUUUUUGAGUAUUUCCUCUUCUGCACCAGAGCAAGGUGCCUUUAUUCACUUGACCACACAGGUUCAACCUUUACCUCUCAUCAUGCCUUUUCCAUUUGGGAAGUCUCAGAAGAGUCCGGCUGAGAUUGUAAAGAGUUUGAAGGAGAAUGUAGCCUACUUGGAAAAGCUGGAUGCUACAGAAAGUAAAAAAUGUGAAAAGGUUGCAGAAGAAGUGUCUAAGAACCUAUCCUCUCUAAAAGAAGUGCUGUGUGGCACAGGAGACAAGGAGCCCCAAACCGAGGCAGUUGCUCAGUUGGCACAAGAGCUCUACAACACCAACCUCCUCAUUGCUCUCAUUGCAAAUCUACAGAGGAUUGAUUUUGAGGGAAAAAAAGAUGUGGUGCAGUUGUUUAGCAACAUUGUGCGGCGUCAGAUUGGCACUCGUACGCCCACUGUUGAGUACAUCUCUUCACAUCCACAGAUCCUCUUCAUGCUGCUGAAAGGGUACGAGAGUGCGGAGGUGGCCCUGAACUGUGGGAUGAUGCUGAGAGAGUGUCUGCGCCAUGAGCCCCUGGCACGUACCGUGCUUUUCUCAGAGGACUUCUACUGCUUCUUCCGUUAUGUGGAGCUGUCCACUUUUGACAUUGCCUCAGACGCUUUUGCCUCAUUCAAGGAUCUACUCACAAGGCACAAGAUCAUGUGUGCAGAUUUCUUGGAGACUAAUUACGACAGGGUUUUUACAGAAUAUGAGAAGCUCCUCCAUUCCGAAAACUACGUCACUAAGCGCCAGUCCUUAAAGCUCCUGGGAGAACUUCUUUUGGACAGACACAACUUCACUGUCAUGACCAAGUACAUCAGUCGGGCCGAGAAUUUGAAGCUGAUGAUGAACAUGCUGAGAGAUAACAGCCGCAAUAUUCAGUUUGAGGCUUUCCAUGUCUUUAAGGUGUUUGUGGCUAACCCUAACAAGACUCAGCCUGUGUUAGACAUCCUGCUGAAGAACCAGGCCAAGCUGGUAGACUUCCUAAGCCACUUCCAGACUGACCGGGCCGAAGAUGAGCAGUUCUGCGAUGAAAAGAACUACCUGAUCAAGCAAAUCCGUGACCUGAAGAGGCCCGCGGCCCCUGAGGAGGCGUAGGCGAGCAGGAGGGAUGUCCGCACACAGGUGGUGGUGGGAUAAGUAGUAGUGGUGUCAGUUGGGGCCUUAGAGCACUCGGAGACAGAGAGAGAGACAUGCUCCUGUAGAAUCCAAUAUUCUUCCUUCUUAACUUCAAACAUAGGAAAAGAUAUUGUACAAACUCCUUCCUAAACUUUGUUUCAGUUUUCAUUGUGUGAACAUGGAUGUGAUUUCAAGGCACAAACUACGCGUGGGCCAAGAACUGUUAUUUGAUCCAUAGUGCUACUUCAUUAAGUAGAUGUGAAAUGCACAUAGGCAGUAAAUUAUGUUGGACCUUAUGCAGCCAUUAGCCUUUUUAGCAAAUGUGAGCAAUUUCGGGAGAUUCUGAAUAGGUGUCUUGAUCUUAUGAAGAGACAGAUGCCUCUACCCAAAGCUGACAGGAACUUUUAGACUUGCAAGGUUUUACAUACAUUUACAGUUGAUCUUUUAGGAAUUAGAAUGAUUUUGCUUGGGUUAUUAUUCUAUGGUUAACAUUUGAAUUGUAAAGUCUCAUUUUUUCCUCAUCACUGAACUAAUUCCAUUAUAUGGUUUUUUUGCUUUAUUUGAAGACCUACCUAUUUUUUCCAUGGAUGGAUGAUUUCAUGAAAAUUGACAAUACUAGUAUUACUCUUGGGACAGUCAGUCAAAGUAAUUAAUUGUCUUCAUGCUGGAUAAGACCUUAACUAUCUAAUACUCUGUCCCUAGCGGCAUGUGCGCCAGUGUUGAAGGAUCAGGGAAGGGAACCAGCUGUGGUUACUCUCCUAAACAGGAUGUGAUAAGACCAAACUAAAACCAAGAGAGAAUCGAUUAAUUGUGUAAGUCUUUAGCUGGGGUAGGGACAUAUGGUCCAUGAGACAAAAAUAGAAAUGUGUCAGACAGCACUGCAGGGUGACCAGAUGAUCAAUUCUGUGAAAAUGCGGUCAGCCAAGAUAUUCUGAUUGGUCACUGAUGGAGCACUCUAUUUUACUCUGGACAUUCGUGCCAUGCGCAUUUGCUGGUUGGAACUGGUGUGUCCUUUUUAUGAAACGAUUGCUUGCUGAAACUUGCAAUUGCUUUGCGGACAACUGAUAGGACGUACAGUAGCUUUGAAUAAUAUUAGCCUACUAAUGCAUAGUAUCUAUGGGACAAAAGUAGUACAACACAAAUGUUACACUGUUUUAUGUAGGGAUCAUUUUCCAGAGCAGCAGGAUCUGCCCGAGUUUAGAUGCUCCUAAGAUGCAAGUCUACGUAGGUUCAUCACAAGCUGCAUCAAUGCUGUAUUCCAAACCCCUGUUGUGUUCUCUGUUAAUGUUUCCAACAUAACUCUGUUGAGGCAACCUUGGAUCCAACCUGAUUGGAUGGUUUAAAGCAUUGUGCUCUCCCCAUAGGUGUUACCUAUACCAUCAUGACAGGUUAGUGGUUCUCACAGGAACGAAAUAUGAUUUAUUUUUAUUUUUAAGUAGUUAAACAUUGCUUCUUGCUGUCACAACUUCACUGGUAGUCCAAAUACGGAGGCUUUAUGUUCAAAAUGACCUGCACUGUCAAAGUUUGAAUACGCCAAAUAGAUAUGGUGUUUAUUGAAUCUAUUGCCCCCAUUGGCCACAUUUUCAAAAUAGGGGUUACUUCUUAUAGAGUUGGCAUACAUCAGUAAACUACUUAAUGGGAUUCUCAUGACGUAACAGCACAUUGCCUUACCUGAUGUCACUUAAAUUGCAGAAUAACAGAUUACAAAAUAGUACGUUGUCUGUUUGCACAAUUUUCUAGUAUAUACCUCAUGGGGUUUGAGUUUGUAAGUGCUGUGUUAUCCUAUAUUUCCUUGACAAGGCAAUUUCUUUGAAAUUUUGAAUAAAAAGCAGUGGUUUGUUUUAUGCAUGCUAAUUAAAUCAAUGUUUUUAUUCUAAUUUAAACAGGGAGUGGGACUUGGUUUUCUCUUGUAAAAACCAGACUUUUAAGUAAAUGUAUUUGAAGGGUACCUCCAAUGUCAAUUCAUAAUGAAUUACAGUAUGAACCCUUCAAAAUAUAUAUGAAUGUUGCCUUACUUAAGCAUUUUUAUUUGAUUGUGAAGACCAUGUAUGUGGAAGUCCAGACCUCCUAUUGAUUUUGUCAAACCAAAGUUAAUACACAAAAAGAAAAGUAUGCAUUACUAGUCCCAAACAUGUAGCACUGAAUUUACAGCAGCACCAGAUGCAAUUAGCAUAGUAGUUGGCAUUAAUAUACAUUGUUGUUAUUUAGCAAUUAAAUAUUAUUUCACAAAUACAAAAGUAAACUUUAUGAGUUCAGAAAAUCCAUAAAUAUCUUAAAUCAUGUAAGCUACAACAAACCAAAUUAUAAUGAUCCUAAAUAGAAGUGUGGUUUCCUUGAAGGUUCUUUGAAUGUUUUGGGAAAAAUCCAUGUAACCUGUUGUCGUACAUGUAAAACAAUAGAACAGAAAGAUGCUACCAAGGAAACUGGUGGCCCCCAUAAGUCCUUUAAAAAAUAUAUAGCCUAUAUAGUCAUGACCCUACCUCUUGGUUAUUUGAUAAGUCAUUGGCUAGAUCAAACCUAGCUUAAUGGUUUUUGAUUAGAUACUUCCAUUUGAACUGUAAACAUUUUUUGUGCUUUACUUUUUUCACUCUAUUGCCUUCUUUUUCCCCCAUAGCCUUUUGUGUUUCAGAUAUUUUCCUUAUUUACUGUGGGAGAGGAUUUAAAGUGUACAUAGCUUUAUUUUAAAAGGUGAAUGUUUGAAAGCAUAUGAAAUUAAAGUUUUAAAACACCA